GGCGGCACCGAGCAGCUCCGGCAGGUGAAAAAAGCGCCUACAGUUUACUGUGGGAUCAGGACAAAAAGGAGCGACACACUUCAGCACAGACGUGCGGCAGAAGUAAUCCCUCCAUAAAGCGGACUCAGCACAGCAGCAGAGAAACAGACGGAAGUGGAACAGUUUGAAUGUUUUCUUCUCUCCUGACAUCCGUGGAGCGCAGGAGCGGGGGAGACGCCGGUGCGCUCCGCGAUGUCAGCCGCUGUUAAUGAUAGUGAUGGGAAGAGGAGAGGGUGCUUCGCUUGCAGACGUCGCCUCGCAUGUUUGUGUAACGGACAAUUAAUUGUUACCUGUGCCAAGGGAAGUGCGAAGAGUGUUUUGGUGCCAGCUUUAGAAAAGCUGCUGGAAGCAGCCGGUGGAUGUGGCACCAUGGGGAUAAAGACAAGACUCCAAGCCAUGCUGAUGUUAUUAUGGAUCAUUCAAGGUGACACAAAGAAGGUGGAGUUCCCCAGAAAAGAGAUGGAGGUGGUACAAGGCCAGAUGGUGGUGUUACAAGCGUGGUACAGCCCCAGCGGAGACAUUUCCAAAAACUCUGUCAUUUGGUACUUCUCUGGGAACGAGUCCAAGCAGGUGAUAAACUUUAGCUCAGGUGAGGUCGGACACGGUCAGAACGAGUUCACAAAAAGAGUGGGCUUCAGUGUGGCCAUGCCCUCGGCCAACCUCUCCAUCUACAUCAAUAACACCCAGGAAUCCGACUCUGGUCGCUACAUGUGUAUUGUCAUCAUCCCCGGAGCUCCUGGCAUUUCUGGGGAGAUGAGCCUUAAUGUCAAAGUCCCUCCUUCUCCCCCAGUGUGCACCAUGACAGGGAACCCAGUGGUGAAGGGCAAUGUGACUCUGAGCUGUAAGUCCAGUCAUGGAAAGCCUGUCCCUCAGUACAAAUGGACCAAGGCUGCACCCAUGUCUGAGGUCUUCUUCUCUCCAAUGCAGAAUGAGAGACACGGUACCCUCAGGCUGAGCAACCUCACUAAAAGCAUGUCAGGGAAGUACAUCUGUCGAGCCAGCAACACCGCCGGCUCCGACAGCUGCUCCAUUAACCUGGAGGUUUUCACCUCUUCCAACGCAGGUGUGAUUGCAGCAGCUACUCUGGGGUCAGUGGUGGGACUGGUGGCCAUGGUGCUGUUUCUCAUAUUCAUACUGAGGAGGAGAGGGGACACAGAGGAGGAGAUAGCCAAUGAAAUCAAGGAGGACGCUCAGGCACCAAAGCGAGUGUCAUGGGCAAAGAGCAACACAGGCUCAGAUGGUAUGUCCAAGAAUGGCACCUUAUCCUCCAUAGCCACCAGCCCUCAACCACGAGACCCCCAUCAGCCCAACUUCCACUAUCCGUACUCCCCGAUAUCAGCGUCGGACGCGAGCUCAGUGAUCAACGCCUACCAGCUGCGCCCUGGAGAAGCCAAUACCUUACAAGGGCUUCCUGGCUACAACAUCGGAGGCACGCCGUCGCGUAAACACAGGCGGCCUCCGAGUGCAAACGGGGCUCCUUCGCAGGUUCUCAGGAGCCCUGCGGUCACCAACCCCAAAAGAACUGAGGGGGCGCAGCCUCAGACGGCACCUCCACCCACUGUGUCCCCACAAGUUAGUUCCUCCACUCUGACACGCAUGGGAGCUGUUGCUGUCAUGGUGCCUGCUCAAAGCCAGGCUGGAUCACUGGUGUAACGGCAUGGGAAGCAAAGGACAGAGAGCGAGUCCCUCACAGUGCAGCGCCCUUUCUCGGUGAAGGCCUGAUAGGUUGAGAGAGAAGAAAACACACGUGCUUCAUCAGAACAAACUCUUCCUUUGGUUUGUUGACGAACCAGUGCAGCGUUCUUCAUUUCAGUUUUCUUUUAAAUGCUGCAUCCAGGCUCAUUAAAGAGAAAUAUAUUUUUAUUUCCAUGCUUAGAAAGAAAAGAAGUGUCGAUUUUACGUAGCAGCAUACACUGAUAUUGUAAACCAUAGCAAGCAGAACGGUUUACUCCGUCUCGCCGUUGUUGUGCAAUGUUUUGGCUACAUUUCUAUGAUUUCUACAACUUCAUUGUAAAGAGAUUUUUCUAAUUUCAUUUUUAUGUUAUUUUACCUGGAUGUGUAAGGAUCACUUUUCUCAGGCUAACUGCACUCGUUCAGAGCAAAAACUCACAAUUCAGACACUGAAAAUAGUUUCUACAGUUUCACAUUUCUGGCCCACAUUCGUGUUCACAUCAGGAAACAGUUUCAGUGUGGGCUGAAGACUGAUAAGGACUCAAAACUUGAUGAUUUUGCUUGUUAUGGUAGCUGGAAUGUAACUAAAGUAGUGAGUAUAACAGUGUUAAAGGCGAUGGUUUCUGACUAUUUUGUUUAAAAGUGUUGGGUAUAACAAGAUUACUGCAAACGUAUGGCAGGCAGCAGUGGAGACUGUAUGGGCUCAAAAUGUGGUCAUAAAUAUUUUGUACUUGUAAAUCAGUUUUGUACUUGUAAAUCAGGAUUUGUAUGUGUAAAAAGAAUUUGUGUGUGUGUAAAAAAGAUUUGUAUGUGUAAAA